AUGACGCUGGAGGACUUUGAGAAAUCGCUGGCCAAAGAUCAGGAGCGGAGAAGGGAGAAAGGUGAUAGGGACCGACAUCAUCGCGACCGCAGCAAGGAUCGAUCGCGACACCGUCACCACCGCUCCAGUCACCAUCACCGACGCUAUUCGUCCCGAUCUCGCGACCGAGAGCGCGACCGAGACCGGGAUUCUCAUCGCCAUGACGAUGACAGGCAUCGACACAAACGACCCCGACACUCAACAGACCAUGGAGAUGAUGAUGACCAUACCCAGAAGCGUCGGCAAAGACACUCCAGUCGGGACCACGACGAUCCCUCUGCUACGGUGGUACCAGAAGAACCGAGUGGCUUGAAGCGCGAUUCUUGGAUGGAAGCUCCGUCAGCCCUCGAGGUUGACUAUGUGCAGCGCCGCCCUACUACAAAGCUGGAAGAAGGAGUCAAACCUAAGAUGCUUUCGGCGGAUUACGAACUCAAAAUCCACAACAAGGAGCUCAAUUCUCAUCUUCGUGAUUUGAAGGAGGGCAAGGACCUCGAAAACAUUGCAGAAGAACCGGCACAGCAUGAAGUGGAUUAUACGUUUGGUGAUGCCGGAGCUCAAUGGCGAAUGACCAAGCUAAAAGGUGUCUACAGAGAGGCCGAAGAAAGCGGCAGACCCGUUGACGAAGUCGCUCUUGACAGAUUUGGCGAUCUUCGCUCAUUUGAUGAUGCUCGAGAGGAAGAGAUCGAGCUGGACCGCCGCAAGACCUAUGGCAAGUCUUACGUUGGCAAAGAGAAGCCAAGUGGAGAGCUGUUUCAAGAACGAAAGAUCAAGACUCUAGGAACGAGAGAUCGCGGAGAACAUGUUCGUGAUCCAGAACAAGAGUACUCAGCAACGGGCCAGGGCCAAGAAAUGGAGACCGAACCUCCUGUGAACACUACACAGAUUCUGGACCAAACCGCGCUGAAUCGACUGAAGGCUCAGAUGAUGAAGGCUAAGCUGAAAAAGGCCCCCGAUGCAGCCGAGCUUGAGGAGCGGUAUAACACCGCCGCUGCCGCCUCAAUGGCUAAUCACAAGGAACCGGAUGUGGUGGUUCUGGGAGUUCAGCACAAUCCCAUGCUGGCGGGCCAUGGAAACGAAGUCAAAGCCGUCGACACAAAGCGAGGCCGUGAAAGAGGCCAGGUCCAAGAAAACGAAGACAUGAGCAUUGAGGAUAUGGUCCGUGAGGAGCGCAGGACCCGGGGCCAGGCAGGGGAGAAGGGCAACAGCUUGCAGAACGGAUUGCCAAGGACGGCAAAUUCGAAGUCAAAUGAGCUCGAGUACCUCGACGACAAUGCAUCUAAGCUGGCUAAGAGAGUCCACCGCUCAGAAACCAAUCUCAUGAACUCGACAGUCAGUGAAUUUCACAAGAUGAACAGGAUUCUCGACAACUGCCCCCUUUGUCAUCAUGAGGAUACCAACACGCCACCUCUCGCUCCAGUUGUGUCGCUUGCCACUAGAGUAUAUUUGACCCUGCCCACGGAGCCCGAGAUCAGUGACGGCAGUGCCACAAUAGUGCCAAUUCAGCAUCGAACUAAUCUCAUAGAAUGCGACGACGAUGAAUGGGAGGAGAUCCGGAACUUUAUGAAGAGUCUGACCCGCAUGUACCAUGACCAGGGCCGGGAUGUGAUCUUCUACGAAAACGCAGCCCACCCACAGCGCAAGCGUCACGCCUCCAUGGAAGCAGUCCCAUUACCAUACAGCCUCGGAGAAACAGCGCCUGCAUUCUUCAAGGAAAACAUUCUCAGUACCGAGGGUGAAUGGUCACAACACCGCAAACUUAUCGACACGCUCGCAAAAUCUAAGCAGGGGCUUGGACGAUCAGCGUUCCGCCGGAUGCUCGUGAAGGAAAUGCCAUACUUCCAUGUAUGGUUUGAGCUUGAUGGUGGCCUCGGUCAUAUCGUUGAAGAUGAGAACCGCUGGCCUCGCGGUGAUCUGUUUGCGAGAGAAACGAUAGGCGGCAUGCUGGAUGUUGCCCCGGAGGUUAUCAGACGACAAGGCCGUUGGCACCGAGGAACUGAUCGCAGGCUGGAGGGGUUCCGAAAGCGCUGGCGGAAAUUUGACUGGACUCGUAUCUUGAUGGAAGAAUGA